AUGGCGGAAAAUGGCGAAGCACGGGCGAUCGGGAUAGAUUUGGGGACGACAUAUUCAUGCGCCGCAGUUUGGAAGCACGGCCACGUUGAGAUUAUACCGAAUGAUCGGGGCAACCGCACCACGCCCUCUUACGUCGCCUUCACCCGCACCGAGCGUCUCGUCGGCAACGCCGCUAAAGAUCAAGUCGCCCUUAAUCCUACUAACACAGUUUUCGAUGCAAAGAGGCUGAUUGGCCGGAAAUUCAGUGACCCAAUGGUUACGAGUGACAUGAAACUAUGGCCAUUCAAAGUCAUUCCUCACCCUAAUAUCGACAAGCCUAUGAUAGAAGUCUCCUACAAAGGAGAGAAGAGACAGUUUUCAGCUGAGGAGAUCUCUUCGAUGGUGCUCUCUAAGAUGAAGGAUGUCGCCGAGGCUUAUCUUGGAUCAUCUGUCAAGAAUGUUGUGAUCACCGUGCCUGCUUACUUCAACGACUCUCAGCGCCGGGCCACCAAGGAUGCUGGAAACAUUGCUGGCCUUAACGUUGUGAGGAUCAUCAAUGAGCCUACUGCUGCAGCCAUCGCAUACGGUCUUGAUAAAGGGGGUAGUGUGGCUAAGAAUGUGCUGAUUUUCGACCUUGGUGGUGGCACUUUCGAUGUGUGCGUGGCCACGAUAGAGGCGGAUAUUGUUGAGGUGAGGGUUACUGCUGGUGAUGCCCAUCUCGGAGGGCAAGACUUCAACAACAGGAUGGUGAAUCACUUCGUGCAAGAGUUCAAACGCAUCAAUGAUGUAGAUAUCAGUGGGAACCGAAGGGCUUUGAGGAGAUUGAGGGCUGCUUGUGAAAGAGCCAAGAGGAUACUUUCCUCGGCUUCCGAAACCACACUUGAUAUUGACUCCUUGUUUGAGGGGAUUGAUCUGUUUUCGACUAUCACUCGUGUUGAAUUUGAGAAACUUAACAUGGAUUUAUUCAGAAAGUGUAUUAAGCAGGUUGAGAAAUGCUUGUGUGAUGCAAAGAUGGAUAAGAGCAACGUGGAUGAGGUCGUGCUGGUGGGAGGAUCGACGAGAAUUCCCAAGAUGCAGCAGAUGCUUAAGGAUUUGUUCGAUGGGAAGGAGUUGUGCAAGACCAUAAACCCAGACGAAGCUGUGGCCUACGGUGCUGCAGUGCUAGCUGCCAAGCUGAGUGGUGAAGGCAAUGAGAAAGUGGAGAGUGUGGUUCUGAUGGAUGUUACUCCUUUCUCUCUCGGCAUUCGUGGAGUUGAAGGUCAGAUGGAAGUUUUAAUUCCGAAGAAUACCCCCAUCCCGACAACAAGUGAGGAGAUAUUCACCACGUGCGCGGACAAUCAGACCAGUGUGGAGAUCAAGGUGUACGAGGGUGAAAAAACAACGAUAAGAGGCAAUAAUCUGUUAGGGAAAUUUGAGCUCAAAGGCAUACCCCCGGCGCCAAGGGGCAUUCCUGGAAUCAAUGUGUGCUUCGACAUUGAUGCAGAUGGUAUCAUGAAUGUAUCGGCAGAAGACAUGGCGACCGGAGUCAAGAACGAGAUCACAAUCGACUACAAGGGUAGGCUGUCCCAGGAAGAGAUAAGGAAGAUGAUGCAGGGUCUGGAGAAGGAAAGGAAAGCUGAGGCCAAGAAUGGUUUGAAAAAGUAUAUGUACAACAUGUUCAAAGCAAUUGAGUAUGACAAGAUUGCAGCCAAGCUCACAGCAGAUGACAUGAAGACGAUCAAUGAUGCUUUGAUGUCUACUAUACAGUGGUUGGUUUCAAACAAAUCUGCAGAGGCUGAUGAUUUUAAACAUAAGAUGAAGGAGCUCGAGAGAGUUUAUAAUCCCAUCAUCACCAAGAUUUAUGAAGAGGAUUAA